GUCAUCGCGUGGCGGCCGCGUGGUGCCAAUUGUCGUGGCUGGUUGUUCGUCGUGCAGCGUCGCGGAAAUACAAUUAAAGUUCUCGCUCGUGAUCCUCGAUUACAUCGGAGGAGAGUCAACGAGGCGUAAAGUUUCUUUCCUCCAAGGAUGCACUGGAGAACAGGAAAAUCGAUGGAUAAUCUGAUGUCCGACGAGUCCGGCAGCGACGACAGUGACGUGAGUGUGGAGGACCAGGAUAUUAGCGACGACGACGAGGAGAACUCGACGAACGUAUCCACGUCGAGUAGCAGCGACGACGAAAUUCCCGUCAAGAGGUUGAAAGCCCCGGCGCUCGUUUCGGCAGCCGGCUCGUCGUCUCAGCGAAACGAAGACGAGGGAGACUCCAUUGACUCGGACGCGGACGAAGUUACCAGAGCUAUAUUGAACGCGAAGAAGUUGCACAGGAACCAUCCGCCCUCCAUUACGCUAGAAGAUAUGAUAACGGAUAUAUGUUUCCACCCCAAGGAGAACACUAUAGCCGUGGCCAGCAUCACGGGAGACGUUCUUUUGUACAGCUAUAACAAUGAGGAGACUAAUCUUGUAUCGACUGUAGAAUUGCAUCUUAAAGCUUGCCGAGAUAUCGAGUUCAGUGAGGACGGACAGUCAUUAUUCUCGACUGGGAAGGACCUGUGUAUUGCGAUAACCGAUGUAGAAACGAGAAAACUUAUUAGGGUCUACGAAGGAGUCCACGAGCAACCUAUAUACACGAUGACGAUAAUCAACGAGCAUGUGUUUGCAACAGGCGACGACGACGGUGUGGUAAAACUUUGGGACCUCAGGCGACAUGAAAACGAGCCGAUAUUUUCUAUAAAGGAGGCAGAACAUUACAUCAGUGCAAUGAUAACUAAUAGAGACGCCAAGUAUUUAGUUUGCGCCAGUGGGGACGGUCUGACGACUAUAAAUAUACCGGAAAGAAAACUGCACGUACAGUCCGAGGAGCACGAUGAUGACCUGACCUGCCUCGGCUUGUUUAAAUGUGAGAGUAAAUUAUUAUCGGCUAGUAACAAAGGGAAAAUGUACGUGUACAACUGGGGAGAAUUCGGACUACAUUCGGAUGAAUUUCCAAGUGUUACGAAGAAGGCUAUAAAUUGUAUGAUCCCCAUUACAGAAAACGUAGUGAUAACCGGUGACGAGGAUGGAACAGUUAGGGCGACUAGUUUGUUUCCUCAUCACCAACUCGGCGUGGUCGGGCAACACGACUCUUCCGUCGAGGCGCUCGAUAUCAACAACGACGGGACUUUAAUAGCGUCCUCUUCGCACGAUAACGAUAUCAAAUUUUGGAACGUACAGUAUUUCGAGACCUUGAACGUCAAUGAACCGAAGAAAGGUGGAAAGCGAAAGUGGCUCGAGCACAAUCUUCCUAGCAGUCAAGUUAAUAAUCGAUCCGAUUUCUUUGCAGAAUUAUAAUUUUAACGAGAAUAAAGUUACAUAACUUUGUCAA